UUCUACUGGUGAAGCAAAUCAUUUUUAAUUUUUUAAUAAUUUUAUUAUGUCUUAAUAUACGUUGCUAUCUUCGAUAAGAUUAUUUUCUUCAUGUUGAAAAAAACAAAUAAAAAUAUUAUUGUUACUAUCAGACACGGUUUUAAACUGAAUGAUCGAUAACUUAAUAUUGGAACUAGGUUACCCUGUUAAGAGUUUAGAUUCGUGAUAAUUUAAUUUUUCGGAUUUUUGCUGAAAUUUUAAUACAAUGGGAGUACCGAAAUUCUUUCGAUACACCAGUGAAAGGUAUCCGUGCCUUAAUGAGUUGGUUAAACAAUAUCAGAUACCGGAUUUUGACAACAUGUAUUUGGAUAUGAAUGGAAUCAUACACAACUGCUCCCAUCCAGAUGAUUCUAACCCUCAUUUUCGAAUCACUGAAGAAAAGAUAUUCAAAGAUAUCUUCCAUUAUAUUAGUAUUCUAUUUCAAAUAAUUCGGCCUAAGAAAUUAUUCUUUAUGGCUAUUGAUGGUGUAGCUCCAAGAGCAAAAAUGAAUCAACAGAGAGGAAGGAGAUUUAGAUCAGCAAGGGAAGCAGAAAGCUUAGAAGAAAAUGCAAAAGCAAAAGGUGAAGUACUGCCUACUGAAAAGAGAUUUGAUAGUAACUGUAUCACACCAGGAACAGUUUUUAUGGCUCGUUUACAUGAACAGCUCAAAUAUUUUGUCAAGGAUAAAAUCUCAACUGAUCCAUUGUGGUCAGAUGUCAAAGUUGUAUUAUCUGGUCAUGAGACCCCUGGGGAAGGAGAACAUAAGAUAAUGGAUUAUAUUCGUUGGUCUCGUUCCCAGCCGGAUUAUAAUCCAAACACACGUCAUUGCCUCUAUGGCUUAGAUGCAGAUCUCAUUAUGCUGGGCAUGUGCACACAUGAACCACACUUUGCAUUAUUGAGAGAGGAAGUAAAAUUCGGAAGAACCACACAACGUUCAACAAGUCCUGAAGAAACAAACUUCUAUCUUCUCCAUUUAUCUUUAUUAAGAGAAUACUUAGAACAAGAAUUUAUAUCUAUUAAGGACAAGUUACCUUUCGAAUAUGAUAUAGAAAAAAUUGUUGAUGAUUGGGUGCUGAUGGGCUUCCUAGUUGGCAAUGAUUUUAUACCCCAUUUGCCAAAUAUGCAUAUCAGCAAUGAUGCAUUACCUCUUUUAUAUAGUACAUAUAUGACUGUUCUCCCAACUUUGAAUGGAUAUAUAAAUGAGGCGGGAGAUCUACAUUUAGAAAGAUUUGAGAUAUUCAUGCAGGAAUUGGCAAAGAUAGAUAAGGAGAAAUUUCAAGAUACAUAUGCAGAUCUCAAAUAUUUUGAGGCAAAGACUGGCAGAAGACCAAAUGCUAUGGAGAGAAAGGAGUAUAAACCAAACAAUGAUGAAACAUUUAAUGUAAAUGUCGAAGACAUAAAGGCUAACAAACCUGAUGACGAAUUGCAAGCUCUGAUAAAUGCUACGCAAGAUAUGCUUAUGGAUGACAUGGAUGGAAAUCUGGACUCUGACUAUGAAGAGACAAGUGAUGAGGAAGCAAAUAUCGAAAUGGAGUUUAUAUUACACAAGAAGGAUUAUUAUAUGAAUAAAUUGGACUAUUCUAAAGUAACAGAUGAAGUAUUAGCAGAUCAAGCAGAAGGCUAUGUAAGAGCCAUACAAUGGAAUCUCUUCUAUUACUACAAGGGUUGUCCGUCGUGGUGUUGGUACUAUCCACACCAUUAUGCUCCAUACAUUUCAGACAUAAAAGGGUUUAAGGAUCUUAAGAUAGAAUUCGAACUUGGUGAACCUUUCAAGCCUUUUGAACAACUUUUAGCGGUGCUGCCAGCUGCAAGCAAACAUUUACUUCCAUCGCCGUUCCAUGAUCUGAUGACAGAUGAAGAUUCUCCUAUCGUCCACUACUACCCUGUGCUUUUCGAAACUGACCUCAAUGGCAAAAAAAACAGCUGGGAAGCUGUAGUUCUGAUACCGUUCAUUGAUGAGACAAAUCUUCUAUCAGCAAUGGCUCCUUGCUACCAGAGAUUAACAGAAGAGGAACUGAAACGCAACACACACGGGCCUAUGCUUGUGUAUACCAGGACUACAGAAAAUUUAGGUCCAAUAAUUGCUCCAGAUUAUUUCUCACCCAUAGCUGAGAAUCACGCUAAAGAAAUUGCAGUCUGGCGAACUGAGCUCGAUGUUCCUGCUAGCGAGCUCAAGAGAGGAAUGUUGCCCAAUGUGGACAGAGAGUUGUUGUAUCCUGGCUUCCCCACCAUGAGGCAUUUGAAAUACAAGACGAGUCUAAAGAAAUGCAAAGUGAAAGUUUUCGAUCAACCAUCUCGUAACGAGAGUAUGAUAGUGGAAAUAAUUCCAACCGAAACCACAGACCCGCUACUAGAAGACGCUGCUCGGAAGCUCCUGGGCAAGAUCAUAUGGGUCGGCUGGCCGCAUCUGACACAGGCCAAAGUGAUAUCAGUCUCGAAUGAGAAAUUGCGUCUUCAUCACAUCGACAAGCAGAACAACAACCUGGACGGCGUCAGCUUCUCCACGGAGCCCAAUGUAGGCAACUUGCACAAACAGUGGAUAUCUGAGCGGUCCACCAUUAUUGAACACAACAUGAAUCGUCUGGGCAUAGAAUUAGGAGAAGUCAAAGUUAUAGUUCAUGCUCUUAAUUUGAAAGGCUACAAGUACGUGGUGGAGGACAAUGUGAGCAUGGCGUUGGAGGAGCAGUGGUGCACCGUGAGCUGCGGAUACGCGCUGCAGGCCACGCUGGCCACGCUGCCGGGCGCGCAGCAGCGCCCGCCCGCCCGCUACCUCACGCCGCAGCAGGCCUACCCUCCCGGCGACCAGGUGUUCCUGCUGACGCAGGGACAGUACUACGGCUGUCUCGCGACCGUGGUGAGCGCGGACACGCAGCGCAGCGGGCGCAUCAAGGUGUGCGUGCGCGAGCGGCCCGAGCCGCGGCCGCGCGCGCAGCCCGCCGCCUGCGCCUACCGCGCCGCGCACCACGCCGCCGCCGCCUGCGGUAUAUCGACUCAGAUGUUGUCUCGUAUAACGGGGACUGUACUGGUUGUUCUGGGCGAACGAAACGACUUGCCUACUGAGGGUCAAAGCAAGGUCAACGUGGGACUAAACCUUAAGUUUAAUAAAAAGAACCAGGAAGUGUCGGGAUACACGCGUCGUUGCAAGCUGAGCAACUCGUGGCUGUACUCGGAGCGCUGCGUGAGCCUCGUCAAGAACUACGCGCAGCAGUUCCCCGACCUCUUCGACAAGCUCGCCUACUCGCCCAGUUGCGACGUGUACUUCGAGAGCGAUCUCUGGCCGCAGGAAGUCGGGAAGGACAAGCCGCAGGACGUGGUCCAGUGGCUGAAGAGCCAGCCGCACGGCGCGGCGGCGCGGCGCGAGUGCGGCUCCGACGCGCUGGAGCCCGAGGAGAUGCGCGCGCUGUGCGACGACCUGCAGCGCCAGCUGCAGCUGCUCGAGGGGCAGGAGAAGAACGUCACCUUGCACGUCAAGUGGAACCUGCUCUACAAGCCGGAGCUGCAGCUGGGCAGCGCGGGCGCGGAGGCGGCGGGCGCGUGCCGGCUGUACGACCGCGUGGUGUGCGUGGCGGGCGCGGGGGGCGCGGGCGGCGCGGCGCUGGCGGGCGCGCGCGGCACGGUGACGGCCGUGCUGCGCGCCGCCGCGCACAACACGGUGCGCCUGGCCGACCGCCUCAACGCGCAGCCCGCCUACCAGGUCAUGCUGGACGAGCCGUGCGCCGCCGCGCACACCGAGGACCUCUUCCCGGAGCCGCGCUUCUACAGAAUGCUACCUCACAACCUGCUGAACAUAUCGUACGGGCGGAAGCUGCGCGAGGCGGUGAGCGAGACGGAGCCCUUCAACUACGGCCCGCCCACGGUGCUGCGGCGCGACGGACACAACUCCGCCUUCGCGAGUUACAGUCCCCCGAGAGAACUAAAGACUCCUGUCGCAGAAACACGGACUAACGCAACUAACAACAAUGUCACUAAUGGGCCACCACAGCCGCAGGACAACGCUACAAAUCUUCUUAGAAGCUUGCUGAAGAUAAGCGAAAGUGAAGCUGAAGCCAGCAAAAAGAACCAUAAGAUACAAAAUCAUCAAGAACCAAACUCGAGUUGGCGCAUUAAAAACGACUACCCGGCCACUUCCUCGCCGAACAAUAAUGUUUCAUGCAGCGUUAAUCAUCUGUUCUGGAAUUUGUUUUCUGGACCUCAACAACAGAAUUGGCGUAAAGAUAACUCAUACAAUCGACCACAGCCGUACAAAGAGUGGACGAACUCCACGUACAAGCCGGCGGGCGCGCUGCCGCCGUUCCCGAGCUUCGUGCCGCCGGAGUGCGUGUUCCCCGCGCACCUGCCGCCGCCCGCCUGGACGCAGGCGCCGCCGCCGCCGCCGCAGCAGGAUAUAAAAACGAUCCCGCUUCCAAGUCAAUCGAUAGUCAACACGGGAGUUCCUCCGAGUACCAACAGUGCGGAUAAAUUGAGCAACCCGUUCGUCCCACUACAAGUUCAGACGUCCCAACGGUCCCGGCGCGCCGACACGGCGGGCUCCGCGCGCCCCGCGCCGCGCGCGCCGCCCGCCCGCGCGCCUGCGCCGCCCCCCGCCGCGCUCAUUCCGCAACAACAGACCACAUCGAGACCUCAAAGGAAGAAGAAACCGAGAAUAGCAGCGAACCUUCCCUUCCAGAUGGACUAAGUAAUAAGUACUGUUCGUUAUUUUAAUGUUUUAAAUAAAAUAUACAUCUUUUAAUAAAUAUAUGUCUACAAGAAUCUGCAUUAUGGUGCGUUUCCACAGAAAGACUUGUCAAUUUCUGUAUUGACAUCAGUUUGCAAACAGAAAGUAAACAGAGAUAAUAUAACAUUGUAACCAUUUUUGGUGACAACUUGAAG